AUGAGCCGUGACUUUCUCUCUCUCGGCGCCGCGGGUCAUCUACCCCAAGACCCUUACCUCCCGCAGGUGGACCCCGAAGGGCCGAGUUUCCUCGACACGGCGGCAUGUCUCUGUGCACUGCGCACAACGGGCGACAGCAACUCAGACGCGGCUUGGCACUGCAUCGGUAACCAAACGCAAGGAGUGUAUACGACCAAUAGUGGGAAAUGGUUCCCGACGGUUAAUGGGGGCAACGCUGUCGACGGCAAGGUUGACGACUUGUCAAAUGGCCCGGACACCAGCAAGCCGAUGCGACUGAGCUCUGGGUCGUUGACGGACUUGACCAAUGACGAUGGGUUGAGUGUAUACGAUCAAGCCUGUACUGGAACGAACCGGCCUUCUUUUUCAACAACGUUCUACGCGGCAUGGAAUGAGAUCCAGAACAACCAGCAACCGAAAAGCGCGGCACCGUGUUACAGGCCCGAUGGCCAAGCCGUCCCCAUUCGGAUCGUGGAAGCCGACGACUGGAACGCCAACGGGUGCGCCCCGGGGUUUUUGUGCGAGAAUAACACCGUCAAUUCGUUGCCCCAAUACUGCCCUCCCGCCGACCAAUGUCAGAUGGCAAGACUCGCCUCGAUGACGUGCAUGGUGAACGGGCAAAACUUUCCCAUGGGUCCAUUCGAGCCGGUCGUCUGCCAGCAGGGAUACUACUGUCCUCCGCCCGGAGUAGAAAAGAUCCAAUGCCCAAAGGGCACGUACUGCCAACCGGGCGCCACCAGCCCGACGCCAUGCCUCACCGGCAGCCGCUGCGAACCGGGUGCGACAUACGAGCUGUUCCUUGUUCCCCUGGUUGUGCUCAUCCUCGUCGACGUCUUGGUAAUCAUGGGCAUCAUCGUCCACGCGUUGCGCAAGAGGGUGAAGGAUUACCGGUCUGAUCAUGCGUCGAACAUGAAGCGCCCCUCAAUAAGCGGCGUGAAGGCGCAGAUUACGGGAUACAAGGCCUUGCAGCACGACACCGACCACGAGAUGCUUCCCAUGAGCGCGACGUACACCCCGAACCGGACAGAUACCCACGGCACAGGCUUCCAAGCCGCCCUGGAGUACGACCACCACCAGUGGACGGCGGGGGCGCAGCCCAAGGAAGAGGUCAACCCCCAGCUUAUCAAAUUCGUCGAGUCCAUGCGCCGGGCCACUGAUGCAACCAACCUCGGUCUGUCUUUCAGCUACACAGAUCUCAGCUUCCAGCCGAAGAAGAGCAAGAAGAUGAUUCUGCAGAACGUCACGGGGUCGAUCGACCGGGGAACUCUGACGGCUGUCAUGGGCGGCUCGGGUGCUGGCAAAUCGACGUUUGUCAAUGUGCUUAUGGGCAAGACGAAGCACACUGGCGGGAUGGUUGCGGUCAACAACAGUCCUGAUAAGCUGAAGCGGUACAAGAAACUUAUUGGAUACGUCCCUCAAGACGAUAUUGUCCUGCCCGAACUCACAGUCUACGAGAACAUCAUCCACUCAGCCAAGAUCCGACUUCCCAGGACUUGGUCGGCUGACGACAUCGAGGCUCACGUCACGUCAGUCAUCGACUGCCUGGAACUCUCCCAUGUCCGCAACUCUCUGGUGGGGACGGUCGGAAGACCGGUCAUCAGUGGAGGACAGCGGAAACGAGUAAGCAUCGGCAUGGAAUUGGCGUCUGCCCCCAUGGCCAUUUUCCUCGACGAGCCUACGAGCGGUUUGGACGCAACGGCAGCGUCGUCCCUGAUGCGAACACUGAAGGCCGUCGCCCGCCUGGGUAUCAGCAUCAUCGUAAUCAUUCAUCAGCCUCGCUCAGAAAUCUUCCAACUUUUCGAUAACCUCAUUCUCCUCGGAAAUGGGCAGACCAUCUACGAGGGCCCUCAGGCCGAGGUGCAGAACUACUUCCAAAACAUCGGUUUCGACUUCCCCGAGCACAGCAACCACGGCGACGUCGUGACGGAUAUCAUCACGGGCAACGGCCGAAUUUACAAACACAUUGGCGAGAUCUCCAAAGACUCUCUGAUCUCAAACUGGGCGUCCCAUCACCAAAUGAAUCGGCCGGGCGGAAAGGAACACCACACCUCCACGAUGAUGAACAACAGCGGCAUGCACGAAGCCAUCAAGCACCGCGGUGCACCCUUCUUCAAACAGCUCUGGCUUUGUCUGCGCCGCGCAAUGGUCCAGCAGUACCGCGCCAAGUCAGCCUUCUGGGCAGAGAUGGGUUUAGCCGCUCUUGCCGGCUUUCUCCUUGGCUUGGCUGAGCACUCCAAGAAGGGCAUCUUAUUCGUCGGCACAUUCCAAGGACCAUACUCGAUCCUGUCGACCGCCGUUGACAUCAAAUCCGCGCCCGAGCUAGCCCUCCUCGUCGCAAUCGCCAUUGGGUUGGUCUCCGGUGCGCCGGGCGUCAAGUCCUUUUCGGAAGAGCUGCUGGUCCACCGCCGCGAGGCCGAGGCUGGGCACAACCGCCUUGCCUACUUUCUCGCCAAGCUCAUCUCCGUGGUGCCGCGCAUGUUCUUCGGGUGCCUGCACUUCUCGACCUUCGUGCUGCUCCUCACGGUGCCGGUGAUCAACUGGGGCCUCGCCUUCCUGGCCAACUUCCUCUACUUCUACUGCAUCUACGGCCUGGCGAACAUCGUAAGCAUGGUCGUCCGCCGCGAGGACGCGCCUCUGCUAGCGACGAUGAUCAGCCUCAUCACGGCGAUCCUGUCUGGGGCCGCGCCGCCGCUGGCGAAGGUGAAGGAGUGGAAGCUCGAGUGGCUGUGGCGUGCGUCUCCUGGUGUAUGGUUGGCGGAGGUUUACUUUGGCCAGCUUGUGUCGCCGUUUGCGGAUAUUUUUGACGUUGACAAGGCGGCUGAUGCCACUGGAUUCCAUUUGCAUUGGCUUUGGAGAAACAUGGGAACUCUCGUGGCAAUUGGAACUAUUUACAGGAUUAUAGCAUUUUUAGGGUUAUGGGCACUCGGGCAUAGACAGCGAAGUUAG